CGGGGCGGAAGCGGGCGCGGGCGCGCGCGGCCCCUGUUCCGGCGGCGGCGGGUGAGGGAGCGCGGCCCGGACCGCCCGGCACGGCCCGGGCACCCUCGGGGGGCACCGCCCGGCACCCAUGAGCUGAGCGCCGCGGCCGCCGCACAGCCAGCAGCGGGCGGAGCCGCCGCCGCGGGCCCGGCGGAGCAGCGGGAGCCGCCUCCCCGGCGCCCCAUGCGCGGCCCGCGCUGAGCCCCGCCCGCCCCCUCUCUCGCCGCCGGGGCCCGGCGCUCGCCCUGCCGCCCUCCCUUGGAUGCCGCCGAGAUGGGCAAGGUGCUGUCCAAGAUCUUCGGGAACAAGGAGAUGCGGAUCCUGAUGCUGGGGCUGGACGCGGCCGGCAAGACCACGAUCCUGUACAAGCUGAAGCUGGGCCAGUCGGUGACCACCAUCCCCACCGUGGGCUUCAACGUGGAGACCGUCACCUACAAGAACGUCAAGUUCAACGUGUGGGACGUGGGCGGCCAGGACAAGAUCCGGCCCCUCUGGCGGCACUACUACACGGGCACGCAGGGGCUCAUCUUCGUGGUGGACUGCGCCGACCGCGACCGCAUCGACGAGGCGCGGCAGGAGCUGCACCGCAUCAUCAACGACCGGGAGAUGCGGGACGCCAUCAUCCUCAUCUUCGCCAACAAGCAGGACCUGCCCGACGCCAUGAAACCCCACGAGAUCCAGGAGAAACUGGGCCUGACCCGGAUCAGGGAUAGGAAUUGGUAUGUGCAGCCCUCCUGUGCCACGACGGGGGAUGGACUCUACGAAGGGCUGACGUGGUUAACGUCCAAUUAUAAAUCCUAAUGGGGAGAGGAACUAUUUAGUCUACAAAGAAUUAAAGAAACAAACAAACAAACAGAAAAACAAAUUUAAAAAAAAAAUAACCCACGUGGCUUUCCAGAAGAAUGAUUCUCUACUGAAAAGUAAAAAAAAAAAAAAAAAAUAAAAAGCAUCCAUAGGAUUACGAUCACCUUUCUGCCACCCUUUCCUCCUGCACCCUUGGCUGGAUUCCUGUUCUAACUCCUCCUGCUUGGCGUUAGGAUGCUCUAACCUCGGAAUGGGACACGAACACAGGCACUAGAUGCUAUGCCAGACUUCCAGCAAACAGGGGAAGGACACAUUGUAGACUUGCUAAGUAACUUUUUUUUUGUUGGUUUUUUUUUUGUUGUUGUUUCCUCUCGAUAGCCCUUUGCUGGUUUGAAUUAUUUUGGGGGGAUGUUGGGGGAGGGGGUCCAUUUUUCAGUGUAUGCUUUCUGGGUCUACUUUUUUUGAUUAUAUAUAUUUUAUUUUUUUUUUUUCCUCUCUCUCUCACUUUGCUGUAGAUUGCUACUUUUUUGCAUUCCUGCAGGGUAUGUUGCUAGGUCGACUUCAUCUAGUAAACUGAAAAUUAUUGCUUAAAAUCAAACCGCAGUCUGUCUUUUUAUAUUAAGGACUUUUUUUUUUUUCUUCUUUUUUUUUUUUUUUUUUUUUAAAGAAAAGUUCUGUUAAUCUGUAACUAAACAGCGACUCGGUCUGGCUCCACGGCUCAGGCUAACGAGGGGAAUUCUUGCCUGCAGUGGCAGAGAGUGGGAAUUCCACUGUUAACGUGUGUUUCGAAGUGCAUAUCGGGCGCCGGGAAAUGUUAAGAACUGCUUUUGGAAUGUCAGCUGGGGAGCUCUGCCCCGUCAUACAUCAUGCAUGAGGAGGGGAUGCAAAGCAGCUCCCCACGCCACACAGCAAGCGAGACAGGAACGAUGUCCGUAGUUCCAGGUCAGGGGUUUUUUUUGGUCUUAAAAAUGACGUUUAGUUGCAGUUUUUUGCUACUCGGUGCCGGUCCCCCCCCGAGUGGAGGUUCCUUCCAAAAGCAGAUGCAGCGUUACAAAUGUUGCAGCGAGUUUUGCUUUAAAUCGCAGAUGUUUAGGCGAAAAUCCAGCACUGACUUGCCUCUACCUUAAAAGGAUUCCUGGUCCUUUCCAAACAGAAAGAAGGAAACUGUUGUUAUUGUUAUUAUUUUUCCAUGUAGGAGCCUUGAGAAAAGGGGCGAGUUCCGCGCUGAGCUCGACUCGAGCCCGGUGGUUUUGACAUCAGUUAUGGCCAUUUUGAGGAAAUCACUUCUUGCUUUAGUUUUCCAAGCCUGGACCGAGCUCCUGCGAGCAGCUGGAGCCUCCCGUGUGUCCCGGUGGUUGCUGUAGUCCUGUAGGAAAGGGAACUAUGUUGGAUGUGUGAAGCCCAUUGAGUAACUACUAAUGAGAGCUGGGAGGGGAGAGAAAGAGAGAGAGAGAGAGAAUCGACGCUGAAUGUAAACUUCCAUAAUUAGUUCUUAAAGGGCAAGCAGCUCGUUAGCCAUGUCACAGCCUGUAGAGGUGACUGGCCAAUCAAAAACCCCACCCAGGGCGAGUAUUUGCAUAAAAAACUCAAUCAAGUAUUAAUUAACGCUGGGUGCACAAACUGUUAAAGCAGCUGGUUCUUAUUCAGCCUUAAGGAUUAACUUCAGAUUUCCUCAAGGAGUUAGAACUCCGGUGGGGAAUUCUAGGAAUGUAUGCUACAAAACCAGAAGAAAAUGGCUUUUAUUUUCCUUUUUUUUUUUUUUUUUUUAAUCUCUCCUUAAUUUUUUUGUUUGUUUUGGUUUUUUUUUUCCAAGAAUAUAAGUUUUACAUGGCAUUGGGGGCGUUACACUACAUUGCUGCAGUGGUGACUCUGCAUGGAGAGUACGUUGUAUUAUGGAGCUCUUACCAAAGAUGUGUGGGAAGACAAAAAUCCUGAAUUCACUUCUGAAAUCCAAUGCUUUGCUCGAAGUCCUUUUAGAAUAUGGUUCCAAAAAGACUUGUCUGGAUGUGGGUUGCAAAUGGGACUGGAUGGGUUCUUGGUGCUAGAAGAUAGAGCACUGAUGGACUUGGUGAGUUAGGGAGUCUGAAGAAGCUCAAUGUAGAAAUAACUCUUCAAUCUCAGCCCUAAAGAAGAGGAAGUGGGAUUAGUUUACUUUAAUCCAAGGCUUUUUUGCCGUUGGAAAAAAUCAUUGCUCUAUUUUCUAGCUUUUAUUUUCCUUUUUUUUUUUUUUUCCUGUUGCUGUAACUUAACAAACAAGUGUGGUGGUAUAAAAACUUAAAAAAAAAAACAAUACAAGAGUAUGGUUACUGUUUUCUUCUGGAGCAUCAAUAAAAUAGCCAAGCACAAAGUAAAUGCCUAAACUGGAAAACUUGAAGCUCUAUUAAUGGUUCUUGAACUUUCUUAAACCUAUUCUCAGUCAACAUGAAAACUUCAGUAACUUCAUUUUUCGUCCGAGUUGGUUUCCUGUGUUUCCAAGUGCUGGGGCAGCCUUUGCGUUGACUUCACAACUUUGUAUUCCCUUAGUGACUUUGUUAUUCUGUUUUUGUAGGUGAAAGGAAACUGCUUUUGCUUCUGGAAUUUUUUUAAUGUUUUGGGGUUGUUUUUUUUGGGGGGGAGGGAGGAACAGGGAAGGAGAAAGGGGGAGAAAAAGUUACUGAAAGAUGUGGCAGAGACGUCAAAAAUAAAGGGCCGUCGGUACCGAACAAACCCCACAGGUUUCACUUCCAACAUGUCCUUUCUGGGCUGUAGCUGAACCUCCACCACGAGGUAGUGGCUCACAGGCAGGAUAAAGUGGGAAUCCUGUACGAAACCCGGUGAUUUCCCAAACCCAUCUGGAGUUCCAAGCGCAUCGAUUUGUGUCCGUGUGAGUUCUGUGGAGUGAGUUCUGAGUGGCGUCAAAUCGUGUCCGACCAGUGACUGAGUUUGUGGCCUGUGACCCCCCCUGACUGGAGUAACCAGGAAUUCUGUGUUCUCAAUAUGGCUGUAGUGUUGGUAAAGAACUACUAAGCAGAAAAAUAAAGCAAUUACACAGCGGA